UUCAAUGUAAUUAAUUAAAUUACCAUUACAUGUAAUUUAAAAAAUGCUCAAUUACACAUUACAUUCAAUUACAUAUAAAAUUGUAAUGCAUUACACUUAAUUACAAUUACAUUUUCAAUUACCCAUACCCUUUUUUUGGAAAGAGUUAUGCCCUUGGAAAUAUUAAUUUUAUGGAAAAUGCAUCGUAACCACUCUUGCGUGUACAAUUUUUACCAGAUUUUUAUGAAACCUAUACCACCCUUUCAGAAAAUAGUCUCACUGAAUUUUAAAUCAUAGGCUGGCCCUGAAAAGUCUUGCAGAGUACACUACAUGUAUAUGAUGAUAAAGCAAAGCUAAUUUUAUUUCAGAUAGAAAUUGCAUACAGGUUAAAAGAAAGAGAAAACCCUGAUUAUUAUAUUGUAAUUAGCAGGAAGAAGAAACAUGACUGACUCACAAACAGCAAAAUGGUACAAAAUAGAUCUAGGAUUGUUGAGAGUAAAGGGCUUUUACUUCUUCAACCUGGCUGCGAUUGGUGGUCUACUACCGUUUAUGGCACUGUAUAUGAAGCAGAUUGGUAUGACAAAAUCACAGACAGGAAUAAUUUAUGGUCUUAUGCCAUUUGUUGGGUUUUUAGUCAGACCAUUAUUUGGAGCUUUAGCAGACAAAUUACAGAAACACAAACUGAUUCUAUUUCUCUGCUGCCUUUUAACAGGGUUGAGUUUUAUUCUUAUGAUUCUUGUUCCAUCAAAGCAUACUGAACAUACAAAAGUGACGACUGAAAUUAUGUGUAGUCAAGGAGAUUCGUUUAUUCGAGAUUGUUACCAUGUCAACCAGAGUAUAAAUAUGCUAGAAUGCCCCAUGUCAUUCCAUAAUUAUAUUACUAAAGCCAAAGAGAUUGCUAGUGAGGAAUCCUUUGUCACAAAGGUUGUGAACUCCAGCAGCAGUAAUAAUGUGCCAUAUAUUAUCAGUACCAUGCCAAAUGAACAAAAUGAUGCUACAAAGUCUAAACUUUCAUGCAGUUUGAAAUGUACUUAUAAGGUAACACCAGAAUUGCCUCAAAAAGUGUGUUUCACUAAUGCAACAGGCACAUACAAUAUUGCUGAUUGCUACAAUGUGAAUUCAAAUGUUGGAAAAUGGGAAUCUCAUGUCAGUUUUCAAAUUCCAGAUCUUGGAUAUUUGUUAAGCAAAGAAGUUAUAUCCAAUAAAAUUAAAACAGAUGACCAAAUUUGUAGGAUUUUUGACUUAAAGGAUAUAGUGUUCAAAGGUCAAGAGUACUGGCAGAUGUUGUGCAGUGAUGAUGCAUUCCUUGUGUGUGAUCUUCAAUGUAGCCAUGUUGACACAUGUACUCGUAUAGUAGCAGAGAAUCUCAGCCAAACAUCAUUUUGGUUCUUUUUUAUAUUGUUUUUAUUAGGAAAUAUAUUUUUUGCUCCUAUUAUGAGUUUGGGAGAUGCCAUAUUAUAUGACAUACUUGGAGAAGAAAAUAGGCACAAGUGGGGUAAACAGCGAUUAUGGGGAACAGUUGGGUUUGCUGUGUUUGCUAUUGUUUCAGCUUUAAGCAUGGAUAUACUAAGUUCAAAAACCAACAUGAAUAAUUUCGGUAUAGCUUUUUGUUUGUUUUUUGCCUUAAACUUGGCAACAGCUAUUGUUUCAUGUAUUAUGAGAAUUUCAGACACCCUUAUGUGUGGGCAAAUGUUAAAAGGAACAAUAACUCUGCUACGUGAACCUAAAACUUUAGUGUUUCUUCUAGUUGUGUUUUACUUUGGAUCAUUAACAGGUGCAAUAGAGGCCUUUCUCUACUGGUUUUUAGAAGAUGAACUUGAAAACAAACUGAAGAUUAUUCCGGGGUUAUGUUUAUUGUUUGCUUGUAUAGCAGAAACACCGAUAUUGUACUUUGCAGGUUCUAUUAUUAAAAAAUUUGGACAUGUUACAUGUUUAUAUGCUGCGUUCCUUGCAUAUGCCCUAAGGUUUACAAUGUAUUCAAUCCUUGAAAAUGCAUGGUGGGUAUUACCAAUAGAACUGUUACAUGGUAUUACAUUUGGAAUCAUGUGGGCUGCAGCAACAUCAUAUGGCAGUAUAAUAACACCUGUAGGGAUGUCAGGAACAAUCCAAGGACUGCUGAGUGGAGUCCAUUUUGGAUUUGGUAAAGGGGUUGGUAGUCUGGUGACUGGACAGUUGUACUCACAGAUUGGCAUAAGAUGGACAUUUGGUUUAUAUGCAAUUUUAUCCUUUGCGCUCUUUAUCUUGUAUUUGCUGUUGAACAAGCUCGUGUUUACAGAUGAUGACCUUGGCAAAGCAGUUGAAGAAACAGAAUUAAAAAUUGGAGGAAAAGGAACAGAAGGAACAGAAGAUCGUCUCCUUGCUAUCAAGCCAUCAGAAAAUGAUCUCCUUGACAACCAUGACAACAAGCCAGCAGAACAAUAUGCAAAAAUUACAUAAUUGCAUGCUGAACCAGAAAAAGAUAAAAAAAAAACAACAUACAGCUUAACAACAAAUGAAAUUUAAAGAUGAAUUCAAAACAUUUUAGAUGACACCAGUGGUUUUGGUAUCUAUGUUUGUUUUAACAUCUGCCUGUUAAGAUAAUUUUUGUUGUUUUCUGAUUUUUUAAGUAUUUAGACUUUGUACUGGUUAUUUGCAUUAAUUUUAUUGGUAUAAGGUAUAAGGGUUCUUUUCACAAAAAAUCUUAUGAGUAAAAAUACUCAAAAGUGAUGAUCAUUUUAGUAUAACUUACAAUCAAUUUUAAUCAUAAUAUUUUAUGUGAAAAGAGUCAGAGUUUUUCAUUACCAGUAACUCGCAAAAGAUUAGUGGUUCUUUUUUUUGUUUUUUUUUAUUCAACAACAAUAUUGCACAUGCUGUUAACAGAUUUCUUCUUUUUUUUGUAGAACGGAUUAAUUGGUCCCAAAUUUAGCUUGCUCUCCUAGAGUGCAAUGUCGUGGGUUAGAUCCAAGGCUAGUGCAAAUCAAAGACUUUAGAAUUGGAUUUUGCUGCUUCCCUGUCAAGCACAAAAUAUUUAGAAGUAAAGGUAAAGACUGGUUGACUUGUAGUGCAGAACAGAGUAAGGAGGAAAGAUUGGGCAACAUGCUAUCAGAAUAAUGUGUCCCAGUAGAAUGAUAUUUUUUCCAAAGGAUUGUUACCUUGUGAGCUAGCAUGACCAAAAUCUUACUCAGCCUCACAGGCAAAACAUAUUGCAUCUCCAUACUACAUUAACUUGAUAGUAUUGCGAACAUGCAAGUGAUAUUUUAUGCUUGUUUAGAAGCUGUCAUGUAAGAAAUCCCUUUUUGUAAUAUGAUUUUUGUCACAAAUAUAAAUUUUGUUUCUUGCAUCCAAUACAUGACUGUCAUAAAAUGAAAAAAAGUGGUAAUAAAUUUCAAUAAAAAUAUAGAAUCAAACAAAUAGAUAAAGGUUCUCAAGCUACCAAGGGAAGUAUGAAUACUAAGCUAUUGAAAUAUGGAGUAAGUAUCUGCUAAGGUUAUACAAAGUCUAGUCACAGUAUAUAUUAGUACCUGUAGGUGAAUAACAACUAAUUAAAUAUUUAAAUGUCAUAUAAAAUAUUGUAUGAAGCUAUCAAGAUUUAUUUCUGCCAUUAAAAAUUGAUCGUAUCAUACAUAGAUUUAAAUCAUCAAAGCAAAAUGCACAUAUUCACCCAAUUCAUAUUAUGAAUUCAGAGUGUGUAAUUGUUAUAAUUGAAACUGCAACAGGACAGCAUUGUGAAGAAUAAAGGUCAAACUGCCAAUUUUUACAAUUUAUUUUAACUACAAUUUUGUUCAGAAAUCGAUUUAAUUAUCUUGUAUUAUAUUUGGUUGUUAAAUGUCAAGGAUUUUACUAUCAUUAAUUCUUGUUUGCAUUAAUCAUUGCACCAUUAGUCAAGUAAAUUUAGCUAAAAAAUGAAAUGAAAAAAGGUUUAACUUUAUUUGGUGCUUGUGGAUAGUUGUCUCAAGAAUAAUCAUAUCACAUCUUCUUAUUUUUAUAUUAGAUUAGUAUUUUUGGUUGUGAAUUAUUGUCAAAUGUCAGUAAGACAAAUGAUUAUAUUACUUAGGUAACUUAUACUGAAAGGUUGGAAGCUAGUCCUUGUAUACAAGUAGUAAGGGGAUGAGCAGCUCGAAUCGAUGACAGUUACACGAUUUGUACCAUAUGACAUGGUAGCUCAAUUGCUCUUUUUUAUAAUCUGAUAAAUAAAUGUUUCUAUUGAAAAUUAAUUCAGAGUUUUAUUAUCUAACAGUAAAUUAAGCAAAUUGUACUUUGUCUUUUAUAAAACUAUUUCCCCGAUAAUGCCAAUAUAUGAAAAAGAGGUUUAUUAGAAGCUCAACUGUUCAUGCCUCUUUUGAGAAAUAGUAUAGUAAAAUUCAUUGUUAAGAAAGCAACUUGAAAGGUAGUCAGGAAGACUAGUAAACAGUAUUUUAAUGUCCAAGUGCCUCUCAUUAAUCAAUACAUUAUUAAAUCGUAUGUUUUAUCAUAUAAUUAUGUUUUUGUGUAUAAAUGAAGGAAAAAGUGCAAAAGUUUAAAAUAAGUGAGUAACAAAAAUGAGAAUUUAUAACAUUGUCAAAUAAACAGUUAUUUUUGGUAUAUUUUUCCAAUGACCAAGACAAUAUAAGAAUUUUUAACUUUAUUUUUACACUUUUACACACUAAUGGAAAAAAAGGAAAUUGUUUCUUUUUAAAGUUCAUAGAAAUUUAUCAUGUACACAACACUUGAGCAAUAACAAAUAGUUAUAUUGUGGUUAAUGUACUCCUGAAGAAAUUAAAGCUAUGGGAUGCUAUGCUCAGUCCUUGCAAAUUUUAUGCUGAUAUUUGUUAAAUCUUCUUUGAAAUGAGUAAUUAAAGAUUCACCAUAAGAAGUCUAUUCACCAGUUGCGUUACUUUUUUAUGAUAGAUUACAACAGUUUUUAGUUAUACUAUUUUAUAAUAUCUUGUUCAGUUUUUCUUUUGUACAUUGAAACCAUUUAUGAAUAUAUAUAUUUGUUAAAUCUUCUUUGAAAUGAGUAAUUAAAGAUUCACCAUAAGAAGUCUAUUCACCAGUUGCGUUACUUUUUUAUGAUAGAUUACAACAGUUUUUAGUUAUACUAUUUUAUAAUAUCUUGUUCAGUUUUUUUUUUGUACAUUGAAACCAUUUAUGAAUAUAUAUAUUUGUUAAAUCUUCUUUGAAAUGAGUAAUUAAAGAUUCACCAUAAGAAGUCUA